CACAGCCCCUUUGAAGUACCCUUACAUGUCAAAGUCCUCCUGUGGCAAAUGAAGUUUGCCAGACAGCCCUGGAGAAGUGAAGUGCUUGAUCCUCUUUGCCAAUGGACAACGCAGCAUUUGAAAUUGCUGAAGAUGCAGCACAGAGUGCUAUACCCAUGGGGAAGAUGAGCACCAUCACUGGCACGGGAAAGAAGCAGCAGUGGUCAUUGAUGAGCAUUUUCCUGAUGUGUUUCUUGGCCUGCAUCAUUACCACCACAGUUGGAGUACUGAUUCUGUCCUUGGUUUUUGUUAACAACUCUCAGCGUCAUUCAGAUGCUCAUUUUGAACCUGAAGCCUGGCCUAUGCAAACAACAGCAGUUCCCACAGCACAGAAGACUGUUGAUCCAAAAUUUCAGUUUCUGAAUCAUUUACCUAAAUCUCAGGUGUUUGAGUUCCCUGGUGGUGCAAUCCAGUGGGCCCGGUACAGAAGCAAUGUCAAAGACUAUCUCACUGAUGAAGAAGAGGCCUUUGGUACCAGUUUGAACAGUCAGAGAUCACAAAUGACUCUGGGGACCCUGCGAAUAAAAAGCAAUGGCCUCCGGGCCCCUCACUGGCACUUCAAUGCCAAUGAACACGGCUAUCUUGCACAGGGCACAGCAUGGAUUGGGGUUGUUGAUGCUGGUGGUGAAGUGGUUACCACGUACAAUGUUACUGCUGGCCAGGUGAUCUUCUUCCCUAGAAACACACUACACUGGAUAAAGAAUGUGGGGAAUGAAGACUGCUUUUUCUUGCUCUUCUUUUCUACACAUGAUGAACUUCAGACCUUGGAUGUUGAUGAUGUCUUUUUUUCUACACCUGAAGAUAUUGCUUCCAGGUCACUUAAGCCUGAAGGUGGAAUUAAUUUCAUUAGAGCAUUCCACAAACAAGAAGAGGAUCAGGGGGUCAAUCUUCCUCCAAAUUUGGCAGAAUUGGUUAUGAAUGCUAGUUAUGUGCAGUCUCCAGACAGCCUUGUGUGGAGAUACUUUUUUGACCUUAAAGGUUCAAAAGAAUAUCAAUAUCCAGGAGGAGUAAUACAGUGGGCACAGUAUUGGAAAGAUGGAAGUGAACUAAGCAACAAUGAAAAGACAUUUAGUGAAUUUCUGAACCAGCAUCAAAAUGCCCUUUCUUUGAGCACACUCAGAGUUUAUAAUAAUGGAUUACGACAGCCACACUUCCACUUUAAUGCCAAUGAAAUGGGAUACGUAUUAAGUGGAUGUGGAAAGGUGGGCAUUAUCAAUACUCAGGGUGCCAUGGAGUUUAGCAUUCACAUUGGAGAUGUGGUGUUUUUCCCUGUGGGAACCCAGCAUUACAUUAAGAGCACAUGUGAUGAGGACUUGCUUUUCAUCCUUGCCUUCAGCACUGGAGACCAGCUACAAACCCUUGACAUGGACGAUUAUCUCCAGGCCACAGCAGACCACAUCCUGGCCCAGCUUUUCUUCAGGAAGCAAAGUGAGUUUAAGAAGAUCCCCAAAUUCAAGGAGGACCAGGCGAUCAACCUGCCUUAGAGUGCUGAUGAGCUCAGGUUUAUCCUUCCUGCUCCGUUGGCUAUUGCUGAUCUUAAAGAGGAAUCACUUGGCUAAUGAACUUGGAGCUGUGUAUGAAGUGAAAAUGAGACAGCAAAUACAAAGCAGCCCAGUGGGCUCCUUAAGCUGAGAGUGAAUGUAGGCCAUUCAUGCUCAGGGACUAUUUCAGUGUCUUUGUGUUGAUAGUGGAUCUGCAGGGAGACCUAAUAAGUUAAAUGAAUAUAUUUUUGUAUGGAUUUUAAAUAUAUGUGUUUAUGUUCAUUUUCCUUUUGUUAUGUCAAAUUCAUUACUACAGAAGUAAACCUAGUCUUCCUAUGCAUAUCAAUAACACUUGCAAAUUUUUAUUGCAUUCAUCACUGUGAAAGGAAGUAAGGAGGUCAGCCUGUGUGUAUAUAUAUCGAGGCACUGGAAUUCACGUGUGUCAAACACUGUCUGAAGAAGUCAGUUCAGAAUCAUAGUUGGCAAUCCCAGCCCUUUGGUUGGCAGGAGAUACUUUCUAUGAUGCCACCACCUUCUAGGAGUAUUCAUAGCAGUAGCUGUAUACUUAUCAUAUAUUAGCCAAGAAAUAUUUAGUGAUAAGCUAGUGAUGGAUUCAGUACUAUCUUUGAAUGUGUUUGGAUUUUAUCAGUCACCUGGUCAUCUUUUUACAUUUGAGGAAUAGUCAUCAUUUUGCCUGAGAAGCGUAUGUAUUAGUGUUGGUAAUGGGACUGCGCCCACGCGAGGCGGCUCGGGCAUGAGCGCGGCGUGUCUCGGGAGAUGUGGCGAACGCUGCGACUCUGCCGCUUCCACUCUGCCAUGCUGCAGGGCAGGGAGAAGGCCUGGCCGCCCCCCGCUGCCCACUUCCAGAAAAGCUGCAGGAGCCCCCCUGCAAGGGCCCUGCGGC